ACUCUCACGCACGCCCUAUCAUCAGGGCCACCACGUACUUCCCAUCGUCAACAAAAUCACGAAGAUUCGCACAUCAAUCACAUUACGCACUCCGUUUCAUCAACGACAUCUUGAAAGAAAUCACAACAUCGCAACAUGGCCAACGCAAUGCAGCCGGCUGGCAAGGCUGGGUUCGGCCUCGGAUCGCCAUCGCCACCAGAAAGCUCGGCUCUGCCAUCGCUGCCAUCACAUCGCGAUCUCUUGAAGGGAGCGAGCAAGAGAUCUUACGGGUAUCCAUCAGCAAGCUUCACUACUCACAUUCCCGAACAGCGCAAGCGGCAAAAGCUCGCCGACGUCCACUCUCCGGAGAAACCCAUCCAGAUCAGCAGUAAUCCUGCUGCGUCACCACACGUUCCCGUAUUCGACCAAGCGACAGCCAAAUACCUCAACAUAGACAGAGGGGAGGGAGAUGACGGGGAGCGGGAACCCGAUCAACAGAACAGCGACCCAGAAGGCUCAGAAGGCUCAUCAGAUACAAACGAAGGCACAACACUACCCGGCAAUUCCGAGUACUGGUCCACUCCGUACAAUCCGGAGGACUCCUGCUGCAUCAAUUCCGAAGAGGUCGAGAACAGCGUGCAGAAGAGCGACUCCGAAGAAUCCGAGGAAGCCGAGUUGGCAACAAGCGACCCAGACGAGAGCGACUCCGAGUUGGGUAUAGACGAUCCGGAAGAGGGCGACGAGUACGACAGAGCCGAUCCGAUUGGCCUCGGCAUGACGGACUUUGGCCCGGAGAGGUACGAUGUUAUCGAGUGGUUCAACGACGAUAGUAACUUUGCGCUUGCUCCCAUGAAUCACCUGCGAGCGGAGAUGGUGCACGAAGACGAUCUGUACGUCUUGUCGUACGGCGCGGGGGAAGCUCCCAGACUUCGAUUGGUUCGCGGCGAGGACGACGAGGAGGUUACUGCUGACGCUGGGAUUGCGGUCCGCACGAAGUCUCUCGCUGAAGAGAUGCAAGAUGAGGACGACGGGGACUCUGUCGAUGGGGAGAUCUAG